UGCGCGGGUAGGAAAGAACUCACCGCGUCUGCUUGCCGUGUGCAUUAACGAUUCGUGGUUGGGAAGGAAGUACCUAAUCUAACUUGUUCAAGGAUUAACGUUCAUUUUGCAUCGACAGAAAUGCAUUACUUUCAGAAUUCCGUAAUUUUGUUAAUUUUAUUGACAGUAGGAUUAUUCGUCAAAGCUUCAGAUGAUAGCAACGAUGGAAAUAUUUCAGAACAAGAAGUCGGUUAUGCGAAGGGAUCGUUGUGUGGAUAUUGUACCUAUUGCAAGUUCUGCAAACUUUGCGACCACGACUGCCCAUGUGAAACCAGUCAGUCCAAGCCAAACUGUAAAAUGUGCAAGUACUGCAAGUUUUGCUAUUUGUGCUCUGCUUUCUGUGAUACAAUCUGCAAACCUGGAAGCAUCAUUGAUACAGUGUCUUCUGCUAUAGUCAAUGCUCUUCCUUCAUUCAACAGAGAAGAAGUUGAUGGUGACAUUGAGUCCGUUAAAACCUGGAUUGAGAAGAAGAAGGAUGAACUAUAAAAUCCCAACAAUGAUGCAAAAUUAGGAAUGGGUUAUGCAGUUUUAAAAUGCGAUGAAUAUUUGAGAUUUCCCACAGUAAGUGAAUAAAUGUAAAAGCUUGAGGAUGUAAGAUUGCAAAAGUAGAGCACCUUAAAUGAUUUGUUAAAAGGGCAUUUAUAUACUUUUGUAGAAUACAGGGCAGGUAUAGCUUAGGACGGAAUUGAUUAAAUGUUGGUAUUGAUUAAUAUUUUUAAUGUGUUAAUAUUUUUGUCAUCACUGUGCCAGGUGUAAUCUGAAUGUAGAGGUCCUUUCCUCCUAAAGUUUUGAAAAGAGUUAACUAGAGCUUAGAAAGAGUUCUUACAUUUGGCUGGCAGAGAAUCUGCAAUGUCUGUGUUUUUCAUGAGCAUACCACUCUUAUAUGCCACCACAAAGGAAGAUCAGUUUGGAUUUAGUGUGCCACAAUAUGUUCUUAGGUUUUUCUAAAAUUUGAUAUGAUUUUCUAAAAGUUUUAUUGUUCUUUGUAUUGUUUUCCUUUUUGAUUUUCCAUAUUUACUAAUUUGUAAAAAAUCUUUGGUUGUGUUAUUUAUAUAAAUCAGAUAAAGACAUUCCACUAUUAAAUGAUACCAUUGAACGCACAGUUGGUGUUUUUUUAAUAUAAUUAUGUUUUACCAAUCAUAAGAGUUGCUGUGCUCAUGAACUGUAUGAAGGAUAUGAUUUGUAGCAGACUUGUGAAUAAAGAACAAAGACUGUCUGUUAAAUAGCUUAAAUCAAGUGUACCUCAAACAAUUUAUAAAUUCUGUUACACUAUAGUGAUUAAGUUCUUGUAAGAGAUGAUGAAGCAGAAUAUGCAUAGUCUUGUAGUAUUUCACAAAUGUCAUCAUGAAUCACAAUUAUAGAUGUGACUAAAAUUUCAAAUUGGCUCCAGAAGGAGAAGUUUAAGACUGCUUGAUGAGUGAAAGAUUACUAAAUAAAAUGCAAAUUGACUAUUAAUA